CCGCCGCGCUUUGUCCCAAGUUGCGUUCCAUAACGUUACGUGCAAUGCUGUCUGAAACCAGACGAAUCUCAAAAUGGCGACCUCCAAGCAACUUCAACUCCGUGUGGUGGGAUUGGUGCCCGAUCCCAGCUUCAAUCAGGCCAGAGCAUGCGCCCAGGAUCUGUAUCAGAGCAACCCAGAGAAGUUUGCCACACCAGACAUCCAGGGCCUUCUGGAGUUUGAAUGGGAGAUGUAUCUACGUGAGGAGAGGAAGAAACUGCGAGGCGAGACCUGGGCGUUUGAAGACAAGGCUGUCGCUUACCUAGAUGGAGAUCUCAUUGGUGGGCCAACGGACCUGGAGAACUGGGCCACAGAGCAUUGGAAGUAUCAGCCAUGUUGGCCACAGGACCUCUAUGAGGCCCAUGCAGAGGUGGCUUACAAAGAUUACCUCAAUGCCACUGGGCAUACGUUUGUGUACCUGGAUGUUUCUAUCAAUGAAGAGCCAAAGCAGAGGUUACUCUUUGAGUUGUACACAGACAAAUGCCCCAGGACCUGCGAGAACUUCAGGGCACUCUGCACCGGCGAAAAGGGCCACAAGACUGACGAAUCACUCAUGAAAUAUCACUACCAGGACAGCUUGAUCCACAGGAUAGUCCCUAAUGGCUGGCUGCAGGGUGGAGAUAUACUGUUUGGCAAAGGCGAUGGUGGGGAGUCGAUCUACGGACAGUUCUUUGAAGAUGAGAAUUAUUCCAUCAAGCACACCUCAAGAGGAAUGCUAGGAAUGGCCAACCAAGGCAGACACACCAACGGUUCCCAGUUCUAUGUCACCUUCCAGCCUGCACCAUGGAUGGACACUAAAUAUGUGGCCUUUGGGAAGCUGAUUGAAGGCACCGAGUUGCUGGAUACAUUGGAGGAACAGGAGACAUACAACGAACGACCAAAGAAGGAGUGUAAGAUUGUAGAGUGUGGCUUGUUUGAACCUUGAACUCCGACCUUCCUGUGACCUUGUAGCCUACCAAGUGCUGAACCUGGACUCUCAAGACAACAAACUUUCCUGAAUCUUCAAGAGCCAACACUCGGCAGUCAAACAGUGGCACAUUCUCUGUACAUAAUUUUGAAAUAUCAAACCCCUGUCAAAAUUAACAGUGACUUGGCCCUUUAGAACCAUGUACAUGUAUGUUUCAAAAAUGUUUUCACAUUUAAUAUAUUUGAACCAUUUCUUUUCAUAGUUUCGCUUCCUGCUUUAAGUGGCCCUAAUGCAUUAAACUCCUACUCGAAUGUCCAUAUCCUUUUGCAAUGUGCGUGUCUUUUUCUCCCAACAAUCCUGAAUGUUAGCAUAUAUGUAAAUAUUGUCACAACAAGAGUUGUUAUCUAGCCAAUGACAAUCCUUGUUUUAUAUCAUUUGUAAAUAUUGCUUGGUUGGAUUUUUACCUUAAAUGAGUUGGAAUGACAACAUAUUAAAUUGGACUUUGAAUGACAUA